AGACAGACAGUCUUCCGAUUCUGCUGCCGACGGCGGGCCGCGUACGCACGCAAAAAAAAAAUAAAGAAAACAAGAGAAACAAAACGGAGAUUAAUGAAAACAACAAAAUAUUCACAAUAAAAGAAACGCAUAAAAUAAAUAACGGAGGCAGGAUGAUGACCAAAGCAAUGUAACCAAACCAAAAAAUGAAAGAAACUUUAAGCUCAAAGGUGCCAACAACACAACGAAAAGCGGGUGUAACAUUCGAGUCCAUAACGGAAACAAAAUCAAAGCUAAAAAGUGGUGCUGCCAGUGCCAGUGCCAGUGGCAGUGCAGCAGCAACGGUCCCACCGCCACCGCCCUCAUCCUAUGUGAUUAAAUGUUUAUUGAAAACGGCGCGUUUUAUGUGGCAAGUGACGACAAUACCCGCUAAAAUUGGUGAUACAAUAGGCACACUGUAUCGCUAUGCACAGGACUCUGUUGAUACAUUUCUAUGCGUAGCUGGCAAGGCUCGUCGCAAGGAACGCGAUGGCGAUCAAAAUUCAACAGACACCAAAUUGUAUUUGGAGGAGAGUGUCCUAGAACGUAAAUUACCUGAAGCUGAUCUCAAAGCCUUGGUGGAUCUGCCCGCCGGCUUGGACUACAACGAAUGGUUGGCGUCACACACUCUGGCUCUCUUUGAGCAUGUGAAUUUGGUUUAUGGAACUAUCAGUGAAUUUUGUACACAAUCCGGUUGCGCAGACAUGACUGGACCAGGCAACAGAACGUACUUAUGGUUCGAUGAGAAGGGCAAGAAGACGCGCGUGGCGGCGCCUCAGUACAUCGACUAUGUGAUGACAUUCACACAGAAGACGGUCAGCGAUGAGUCGAUAUUCCCAACCAAAUAUGCGAACGAGUUCCCUGGGUCGUUCGAGUCGAUAGCGCGGAAGAUCCUACGCUUGCAAUUCCAUGUGAUAGCGCAUCUGUAUGCGGCGCAUUUCCGAGAAAUUGCGCUGCUCGGCUUGCACACCCAUCUAAAUUUGACGUUUGCGCACCUCACCGCCCUGCAUCGGCGCUUCAACUUGAUCGACGAGAAGGAGACGGAUGUGCUGCGCGACCUGGAGGUGGCCCUACGCCUCACCGACGACAGCGGCGGCCAGGAUACGUCGUCAUCGUCGGUGCACGAGCACUCCUCCUCCUCGUCCUCGCCGCCGGUCGUUGCUGCCGCAGCCAGCGCAGGCUGCGAUCAGCCGCAGCACAACAAUAGCAGCAGCACCAGCAACAGCACCUCGUCCGCGGAGGCGCUGCAUGUCAAUUCACAAAGCAACAGCAACAGCAACAGCCACACCACAAACGCCUCGGCGUCAGCCUCUCUCAUCGAUGGGGAUGCGGCGGCGCCGCCCAUUUGCACCCAGCCGGAGGCCGGUGCGGGCUGCAAGCCAGCCGGCAGCAGUGGCCUACUCGGCGGCAUACUGGGCGACCUGACCAGCGGCGAAUUUGGUGAUACAACGCGGUACUGCACCUCGGCGGUUCCUCAGGCAGCGACGUCAGAGGACGGUGCCGUCUCCUCAGCGGCCCUGAACAAUGGCGCGGGCGCAUUACAUUUAAACUUUAGCAACAAUAAUAACAAUAACCACAAUCUGAACCAUCACCUACACCACCAUCACCACCACCAGCAUCAUCACCAGCAUCAUCACGGCCAUCACGGCCAUGGGCAUCAUCAGGCGCCGGCAUCCGGCCUCAUACAGUGCAAUGCGGUGGGUGCCGGUGGUGGCAAUGUGGCGGCGGCGGUGGCGGCGGCUAGUGGCGGGCAAGGAGCUGCAACGUCUGCAGCAUCCUCAACGGCAUGAAAGGAGCAGCCACAAAACAACAACAACAAAAAACAUUAGAAAUAUUAGAGUUACGCAAAAAUGUUAUUUAAUGUUACUUCUAUGAUCCUAAAGUUGAAAAUAUUGUAAAAAUAAUAAACAAACAAAAAAAACAGAAAACAAAC